AUGUCCUCCUCAGCAUCCUCCUCGCCCUCCUCUGAUUCUGAGCACUCAGUCGCUCCCACACAUCCCAGAAAAAAGCAACGCUCCAAGCCUACACUAGACAAGGAUGCCUCCAGCUCCAGCUCCUCCAGCUCUGACGACUCGGACGCCGAAGCAGACUCGGACGACGAGCCCGUUCUCUCGCACGCCGAGAAGCGCAGGCAAAAGAAGAAAGAACAGCGCGCCGCCACGGCCCCAGAGGCAGCGGACGACGGGAAGGGAGCAAAAGGCAAGGCGAAGGUCAAGAACACCGCCGACCUCGCGCCCUCGAAGGUGCCCCGGCGGCAGCACUCGAUCUGGGUCGGGAACCUCGCGUUCAAGACGACGCCCGCGCAGCUCCAGGCGUUCUUCGACGGCGCGGGCGAGGUCACGCGCGUGCACAUGCCCACCAAGAUGGCGAGCGGCGGUCCCGGCGGCGGCGCGAGGAAGGAGAACCGCGGGUUUGCGUACGUCGACUUCGCGACCGCGGACGCGAAGACGGUCGCGAUUGCCAUGUCCGAGAACCACCUCGACGGCCGGCGGCUGCUCAUCAAGGACGGUGACGACUUCAAGGGCCGCCCCGCACCCACAGAAGGCGCAGAUGGCAAGGCGAGCCUGAGCGGGCACUCCAAGACCGCGCAGAAGAUCCUCGGGGCGCAAAAGCAGCCUCCGGGCCCGACGCUCUUCCUCGGCAACCUCGGCUUCGACACGACCGAGGACGCGAUCCGCGACCUCUUCUCCGCGCACCGCGUCAAGGAGGCGCACGCAGACGGCGAGGGCAAGGAGACGGAGACAGACGACGACAAGGCCAAAGCCAAGGCCAAGUGGCUGCGCAAGGUCCGCAUGGGCACGUUCGAGGACAGCGGGAAGUGCAAAGGGUGGGCGUUCGUCGACUUCACGUCCGUCGAGCACGCGACCGCCGCGCUCACGAACCCGCGGAACCACCGCCUGAACGGCCGCGCGCUCGUCGUCGAGUACGCCUCGCCCGACGCCGUCCGGCGAGGCGGCUUCGGGCCCCCGCGGGACAAGGACAAGGGCGCGGCCGACGGCAAGGGCGGGGCGAAGCGGCCGCGCCACGACGCCGAAGAGGGCGCAGAGAAGGGCGAGAGCAAAGACGGGCCUUCUCCCGCAAAGCGGCCGCGGAGGGACGGCGGGGCGUCAGGAGGAGAGAGCAGAGAUGGAGGCAGGCGCGACGGGAGGGGCAGGCCUCCGCCGCGGCGCACGAAACCGGGAGCUGCGCUCGCUCUCGCGAGGCGCGAGGACGUGGCGAUUGUCCCGAGCCAGGGGAAGAAGAUCGUGUUCGAUUAG